AAAAAAAAAAAAGAGCAACAGGAGACUCCCACCUCCGUAUUUUUUACAUGACAGCUCAAAGAACCCAGUGGAGCAGCCUGGCUGAGGCAGGGGGGCGCAGCACAGGCUGUUUACUUCUGCCGUGUCAGUUUCAGCUCACUGUUACAGUCCUUGUGUUUGUGCAUAAAAAACAGAACCGCUGGAGCCUCGCUGAAAAGCUGCACCCAGAGCCUGCUGUCUGAUUGAUCCAGUUGUUCCAGAACUCUCACCACGGCUUCAUUGGGUCACAUGGAUCUGCACCAGGAUUUCAGGUGGAAAACCUGCAGUUUUUUCCGGAUUAAUGCUUCCACCAUGAGGAUACCUGCACGUAUUGGAAACGAUACACCAGUAUAAACAGCAGACAUACAAAAGCUGCAGUGUCCAACUCUGUGGAAGGCGCCACCAUGCUAGAAGUCAGGUUUUGGACUGUCAGACUAUAUCUGGUACUGCUUUGGUCACAACUCCUGCAGUGUCAACAAACAGCAGAUCACAGGAAGGUCCCUCAGCGGACAAAGUCUCAACAGGAGUUAAGGGCAUCGUAUGGGGAAAUUCGGGGUGCCUGGGGCACCUGGGGCCCCUGGUCAGCCUGCUCCCGGACAUGUGGGAAAGGAGUACAGGAACAGAUGAGGCCCUGUCUGCCGGUUUACACUCAGUUCCUCUCCAGAGGAGCUGCCGUUCUGCCCCAGCAACCAGGCCGUGUCAUCUCAGCUUUGAAGCCCGCUGCCGCUCCACGGCACAGUGGAGUCAGAGCCUUCAACACAAGCAGCGGGGGAGAGGCAAGGAGGGAGAAACAGAGCAGGCUAGGCCAACGCAGGAGGAUCAGCCACAUCGUCCCAGGAAACUAUGGCUACGGACGAGCGCCUCAUAUUGCUUCACACCAAGUGGAUUCAGCCCGAGAGUCAGAUUCCCCUCGCCUCCACAGACACAGACGCUCGGCUGCAGCCACUUCCUUCCAGCCCAAUUCUAGGGGACACAACAACCUCGAUACUCCCAAUAAGCUUCAUCCCUUUAGCAGGCAGUAUGUGCAUCCCAGGACACACCAUUCCAGGCACAAUCAAGUCUGGGCCCCCCUCUACCAGCCUGCCUCAGCUAACCAGGCUGGGGUCCAGGCCGGCAGCCCGACCCCCAGCCACCAGCUGCAUAAAGAGAGACCCUACAGCCCACUGCCUUCCUCCCACUGUACGGGGGAGCAUGCUCACUACAGGAUCUGCAACAGUAACGAUUGUCCUGCACCCAGUAAAGACAUCAGAUCGCUGCAGUGUUCUUCCUACAACAACCAGCCCUUUAUGGGCAGACUCUACAAGUGGGAGCCUUUUAACGAAGUUCCUGAGGGGCAGCACUGUGAGCUAAACUGCCGGGCCACUGGCUUCAGAUUCUAUGUGCGUCAGUCAGAGAGGGUGAUUGAUGGGACUCCAUGUGGACAGAAUGAAACGGACAUGUGUGUGGCGGGACGAUGUACGAGCCUCGGCUGCGACGACUACCUUGGAUCUGGAAAGGUGGUUGACAAGUGCGGCGUGUGCGGUGGGGACAACACAACCUGCAGGCUGGUCACAGGAGUGUUCAAACAAAGCUUGUCCAAGAUCGGCUACCAUAAGAUAGUGGAGAUCCCAGAGGGAGCCACCAAGAUCAACGUCACAGAGAUGGUGAAGAGCAGAAACUACCUCGCUCUGCGAAGCCGUUCUGGGAGAUCCAUAAUAAACGGGAACUGGGCGAUUGACAGACCUGGGAAAUAUGAAGGUGGGGGUACCAUGUUCACCUACAGCAGACCCAAUGAGAUUAGCAGCACAGCUGGGGAAUCCUUACUUGCGGAGGGCCCCACCAAUGAAAUCCUGGAUGUUUAUAUGAUCUUUCAGCAGCCGAACCCUGGAGUUAAAUAUGAAUACAUUCUUCCCUCUGAGCAAAUCAUUACGCCUCAUCAACCAACCCACACAGCACACGAAGACGCUCUGAAUGGACCGGAUGAUAAUAAGCAGCAGAGCCACACCCAGCAGGAGAACCACAACCAGGCAGGUGUGGGAAAAUAUCAACCCAAUCUCCCUGACUUCAGGGUACCUGCUGUGGUUCCUCCAAAACAUGAAAGGGACUACAACUGGAAAAUGACUGGUUUCACAGAAUGCAGCGCCUCCUGUGGAAAAGGUUUUAGACAUUCAGUCUUUCACUGCGUCCACCGGCUGAAUCAGGUCGAGGUCUCGGAUGCUUUGUGUGAAAGUAGCAGCCGGCCAGCCCCACAGGAGGAAGCCUGCAACCUGCAGCCCUGCCCAGCAUUUUGGGACAUUGGGGAGUGGUCAGAGUGCAGUAAGACCUGUGGCCUGGGCAUGCAGCAACGGCAGGUCCUGUGUCGCCAGGUUUACGCCAACCGCACUCUAAACGUUCACACGAGCCGCUGUGGACAUCUAGAACGACCAGAAACAGCAAGUACCUGCCAGCUGAAGAUCUGCAGUGAGUGGCAGAUCCGCUCCGAGUGGACCUCUUGUUCAGUGCCAUGUGGGCUGGGUCAGCGGUCAAGAGAGGUACACUGUGUCAGCAAUGUGGGCGACUUUGUUCCUGAUGAGGAGUGCAACAUGAAUCUGCGACCAGCCGAUAUAGAAAAUUGCGAUAUGGGAGCCUGUGCCAAGAGCUGGUUCUACACUGACUGGGGAAACAGGUGCUCUGCUGAAUGUGGGAUGGGUGUCCAAACCCGAGGAGUUCUUUGCCUGUCAAACCUCAUCAGCAGCCUCCCUCUGGAGGGAUGUGGUAAUGAGCGGCCUGCAGACUCCAAGGUCUGCAACAAUGGCCCCUGUGACAAUCGUAUUGAGUGGUUCACAGGUCCCUGGAGCCAGUGCUCUGCAGAAUGUGGCACGGGCAGUCAGCAGAGGUUAGUGGCAUGCUUAAUGAAGAAUGAUGAAGGAUAUUCCGUCAUGCCGCCCUAUGAAUGCUCAUCCUUGGACAAGCCUCUCAGUCAGCAAAGCUGCAAAAUUAAAGCCUGUGGAGCCAAGUGGUAUCACACUGACUGGAGUUCUUGUUCAAAAACAUGUGAGGGAGGUUUCCGCGUUCGGGAGGUGCGCUGUCUGUCAGACGACAUGAUGUCCUCCGAGGCCUGUGAUGAGCAGCUGCGACCAGCAGAGAGGGAAGACUGCAGUCCUGAACCCUGCAUACCUCAAAUAGAUCUGAACUGCAGGGACAAGUACUUCAACUGCAAUGUGGUGGUCCAAGCUCGCCUCUGUGUGUACGAUUAUUACAAAACAGCAUGCUGUGCUUCAUGUUCACGUGGGGAGAACAGACAGAAAACCCACCGAGGUCACAGCUAGCACUGACCUCCUCCUCACAGAGAGACAGACAGACAGGACCUCUGUCUGAAAGGACACUCGUUAAAUGAACAAGGAUGGAAGCCUGAGGAGGACAUUUUUUGCUGGAUCUCUUUUGCAAGUAGCUGCUGGGGAAUGAAAAAGGCUCUAAAUCAUGUGUGACAUGAACCCAGGUGCCUGAGAAAGUAAACAUUUACUGGAUGAGAGAGAGCCAUAACAAACAUUGGAAUCCAAAGAACUUGUUGAGUCCUUUUCCUUUACUUUGAGAUGAAGAGUUUGCUGUUGGCUGUUGUGCAGAGAAGACUAACCUUCCUUUGAGGAUAUACUCAAACAAAAUGCUUUCAGUUCAGCCUUUUUAAAAUAUGGUUUUCAUCCACUAUGAACCAAAUUUGGUUUAUGAAACAAGGAGAGAACAAUAACAAGGUUUUCACAAACAGAUUAAACCCUCCAUGGGGCUAAUGAUGUCCCUACCUACAUUCCUGAGAGGUAUAAAAGCAGCUUAUGCAAUAUAUUUAUGUGUAUAUAUGUUUGUGUAUACAACAAAAAUGUUGGAUAAAUGUUUUGCUUAUAAUGGCUCGCUGACCUCUCCACAGAAUAUGAAAGGAGGAGGGGGGGACCCUCGUUAUUUAUGUAUGUGGCUCUGUAGGGUACUUCUUUAUUAGCCACCGGUGGCUCGCUUUCAGCUGUUCUACUGAACUGAAUGCAGGAUGACAGAACCAGAUGCUCUUCACACUGUUGAUUUCUGGCUAGUUGAAACAUGACAUCUUCCUUCUCCCCCAUCGGUCAUGAUCUCUACACAACUUCACAUAAAUGCCUUUGAAAUACUGAACUGUUGUAACUGCAAUUUGCAGCUCUUGGUUAGAUUUGCUAUGCCUGUGGUUUUUCAAGUCACUCAACAGGCUCAACAAAAUUAACUCUUCUAUAGUGUAGGAAAGCUAAGUUUGUAAUAAAGAAAUCACUGCAGAGUUUGAUAUAUUCCAUUCCAUUUUCUGUCAC